AUGGCUGAGUUGUGGUCUUGGUGGGUGAAGGCUGGUGUAACAGUGGGUGGUGGCCCUCAUGGUGGUGGUGGUGAAGUACCACUCGAGAUUGUCACUCUUCAAAAUCUAACGGAACUAAGUUUAGCCAACAACAACUUAACUGGUCGCAUCCCAAAUGCACUCUUCAAUAACUCAAAGCUUGAACUCAUUUGUCUAUGCAUGAACCAGCUAGAAGGCCUACUUCCAUCAAGCAUAGGAAAUUGGCUUCCAAAUCUUAAGUUUGUUUACCUAUGGGAUAAUGAACUAGAUGGAAUAAUUCCCAGCUCUAUCUCAAAUGCUUCUAAGAUCACAGAACUAGAGUUGGGUGCAAACAAUUUCUUUGGCUCUAUUCCUAAUACUUUGGGAAAUUUAAGGCAUCUUGAGAAACUCAAUUUAGUCAACAAUAUUUUGACCAGAGAUUCUUUAAGUCUAGAAUUGAGUUUUCUCACAUCUUUGACAAACUGCAAAAAUUUGACAACUAUAAUGCUAGCAGAUAAUCCCCUUAGUGGCACCCUUCCAAAUUUCAUUGGAAAUUUCUCUACUUCUCUUGAAGAAUUUGUAGCAUUUAAUUGCAACAUUAUUGGCACUAUUCCUACAGGGAUUGGUAAUUUAAGCAACUUGAUGACCCUAAACCUAGAUGACAAUAAAUUGGUUGGACCAAUUCCAACUACAAUUCGAGGGAUGAGAAAGCUCCAAGGUUUGAAUCUUCACCACAAUAGACUCAAAGGAAUCAUCCCAAAUGAUAUUUGUCACUUGAGGAAUUUGGUUGAAUUACAUUUAAAUCAGAAUGAGCUCUUGGGAGCAAUACCACCAUGUUGGGGAAGUCUUUCUAAACUUCAAAAGUUGUCCUUGGAAUCCAACAAAUUGACUUCCAUUCCCUCAUCCCUUUGGAGUAUUGAAGACAUACUGCAAAUAAACUUGUCCUUCAAUUCUUUAAGUGGCCAUCUACCAUCAGAUGUUUUGAAUUUGGAGCAGGUAGUAAAUAUAGACCUAUCAUGGAAUCAACUAUCAGGUGACAUUCCUACUUUUGGAGGUUUGUGUCCUUUGGAAAACCUAUUCUUAGCACAUAACAAAUUCCAAGGUCAUAUUCCUCAGUUAUUUGAUAUGUUGAUAAGCUUGGAAAGCUUGGAUCUAUCUAAUAACAACUUAUCAGGAGAAAUUCCCAAGUCUCUAAUGGAACUCAGAUGCCUCAAAUAUUUCAAUGUAUCUUUCAAUAGAUUGCAAGGUGAAAUUCCAUCUGGGGGUGUUAUUGAUCAAUUCUCAGGUCUAUCAUUCAUGGGAAAUCGAGCAUUAUGUGGUCCAACCCCGACUACAAGUUCCACCCUGUGA